AUGGCUUCUCCGCUGCGCCCGCAGUUCUUCAUUUCUCGUCCGAACGGUACAAUGACACCCAUGAUCGCGGUCGACGAGCUUCCUGCGCAGAUCUCGAUCCGUGGUGUCCCACGAGUCCUCGCACCAAGUGAAACUCAAGGAAUGACGAGCUUGGGAUCUAUCCCUCCUCGCGCGCAGUUCUAUGUUGUUGAGGGUGUUCCUCUGAUCAACCCGCGUGUCCCAACUCCUGGGCCACCUAACCAGUUCCUUCAAGAUGUGAACCUUCAGACUUCGAUCAUGAGAGUGGCUUCUGACGAAAACCUCACCCCGAGUCAGCGUCUUGCCCUCCAGACAAUGCUCCAGCAGAAUUUGCCUCAAAACUGGAUUAUCCCUAGUCCUGCAGUUGGCCCAUGGGGACCAGCAAACACUGCUGGACAUGGAGGUGCUAGAUCGAAUAGCGGAAGACGUGAUGGCAACGUGACCCAUAAUCCCAAGAAGGAGUUCUGUUCCUACUGGAUCCGUCACGGCGAGUGUGACUAUCAGCAGCAAGGAUGUCUCUACAAGCAUGAAAUGCCUAAGGAUCUUCCCACUCUCGAAAAACUGGGUCUCCGCGACAUACCUCGCUGGUAUCGUGAGAAGCACGGCAUCCCAAGCCUUUUGCCAAAUGGACACCACGGACGUCACCAGGUCACCUCUGCCCAGGACCGUGGUCUCAACUCAACGACCAGGACGCUUCCGUAUCACCUUAGACUGGGAAUCACCGCCGGUGAUGAUAUUCCUGGACCAGACAACCAGUCGAGACACAAGACAGUCAAUCAGCCUUCGAUCCCACAGGCACCAGCCGCCAUGAGGGCACAGAAUCACACUGGCCGCGAGACCCCCUACAUGGGUGAUGGCAUCCAUUCUCAGAAGCACGCACCGAAAAAUAUUCCCGGUAUGCAUGAUCCAUCCACCAAGAAGAUUGAUCUCCUUUCCUUCGAUCCACUUCCCGGCUAUCCCACGCUUGACCCGAUCCGCAGAAACUCAAGUGAUGGAGAGAAGAGCAGCUCUGAGGAUGCAGAGCUAGUUCAUCACCACGAGUUUGUCCGCAGCAUGCAGUCUCUCAUGUCAGGACCUGGAGGCAGCCACGCGCCGACCGCUAUUCAUGCCAAUUUCGGCUCUCCUACUCAGAUGCGGUCCAAGAAGCCCGUGAAGUCUCGUCGUCUGUACCAGCCUCGUGUCCCUGCGGAGGCUCCAGCCAAGAACCAGGUCAUCGUGGAAACCCCAUCCUUCAGGGGAAAGAACAAUAGUGGUGGCAAUGCGAGGAUUUCCCGUGCUGCCUCUCCUGACUCCAAGAGCAGCUCUCAGAGCACUACUUAUCUUUCUCUCUCUGGACCGGGUCAUCGUGUUUCGUCUGCUAGUUCCUCUCGUGUUGGAUCACCUUCCACUGACUCUCCCUCUUGCCAUUCAGAUUCCUUGACUUCCGCAAACCCUCUUGGGGCUAUCGGCGAGGGGAAGAAGAACAACCACAACAUAGCCCACUCGAUGAGUCCCCUCCCGAAACCCAACUACAAGAAGGGUAAGGGUAAGGCCCCCAUGGAUCCUCUCGCGGAUGACUUGUUCGGCCUCGGUCUGGAGGAUGACGAUGAUGAAUGAAUGAAGUAAAGUUCGAAGAACGAUGUUUUGAAAGAUUGAAAGUGGGAACAACUCCAGGUCUGCCCGGUAGUUACGCGCUGUUG